AUGUUUGGAAAUAGAAGGAGAAGAGCGGUUUCGAAUCCGCCAGUAAAUUCAAAUGUCAACGCAUCUGCCGCGACCGCCGCGGCACAGGCAUUUCUAUCUUCUCAAGCAUCAAAUACGUCCUUGUCUUCCGCUGCAGCAGCUGCCGCAUUACGAUCCCGACCAACAACACCUACCUCGGUGGCAGACAUUCAAACCAAAAGAACAAUUCGGAGAAACGGUUCAACCUCUUCUGCGGGAAGUUCUGUAGGUGGUUCCGUACGUGGUCCACCAGGUUCGACCCUUGUGAGGAGAGGAAGUUCCGGUUCGAUGACUGAACGAACUUUUCGGGAAUCGUCACCAGUCCCAAGUGCAUAUGAUGCGCCGCCUGUACCGGCAAUUCCGCAAAAUAUCACAAAGGCUGGUGGGAAGAAGUCGCGAAGAUCUGCAAGUAUGGAUGCACCUGGAUUGAGAAUCGCAUCGCCACCUCCAAAUAAAACUGGUGGGAGAGGUUCGAGUCUUGGACCAUCAGCGACAGCAUCGCGUGGGUCGGGUCCAAGAAACCCAAGUUUAUCCAGUGUAUCUGAGAUGAAUGGGGAGAGUAGAGGGUCCGUCAAUUUUUCCUACCCUACGAGUACAAGGCCAAUGUCUCCUGAACAAAGACGGCUAACAUGUUCUCCAAGCUUAAGUACAAGCCCAAGGAUUGUCUCGCCACAUAACCAAAAUCUAGUAUACGAUCCAAAUACCAGGCGCUUCUUACCGCUAGCGGACAUUCUAGCUAUCGAGCAAAGAUUGAAUGGAAUUGCUAAUGCUCCAGUUAAAAAGAAGAAACGAAAUCCGCCUGCUCAAGGUACGCAUCUAGCAGCUGGAUCGGUGGGUGGAAGGAUACAGGGAACUGCGGUGGAUGCAAUGGAAACGGCAUCAAACACAUCAACCACACAACAAUCGAUAUCACAACCUUCCCAGCAACCCAUACCACAACCUUUCCAACAACCUCAAAAAUCUCUUGCAGUGACAUCACCACCAAAGAAGAAAAAGAAGCGUGUUGUCAUAGCCGAUUCUGAUAGUGACCAGGCAUCAAUUCUACCAAAUUCAUCUGCUGAUGAAAGUGACGUACCAUCAUAUGGUUAUAAAACUCGAGCAGGCGCCAUCUUGGCGAAAAAGCCAUCAGUUGUGCGUGAGGAUAGAGAAAGAGAGGAGAAAGAAGAUGAUUCACCGUUGCGCUCUGGAAAUGUAGGGUUUUUGAAGGAUCGCAUUGAACCCACAAGAACUAUAUCACCAUCUCCCUUGCCUCGAUCAUCUGCUGGCAGGGGACAUGGUCGAGCGCAAUCGUCAGCAAAUUAUGCGCAAGAACGCCAGCAUACCAGAUCUGCAAGCCAACCUCCAAUGACAUCUGUUGCCGCCCCUCCGUUAAAUGAAGAAUCUCCUCGUGGUGGUCGUGUCCAAUCCGUGAGUCCUGCGAGAACUCCACAUUUUAUGGCAACCCCCGAGACCUUGACGAUUAGACACCAGCCACCUCCAAGAUCUGUAUCUCCACGAAAGUCGGCCUUGAAACAUUCUUCCAUGUCUUCAAUUGAACCUAGAGGACCGUCACCAUCUGACGGAGGUUCCUUUCGACUUAGUGAGGUUUCUAAUGACGAGGAACAGCCAAGAAAGAAAGGAAACAGAGUUAGCUUUGAUGAAGGAAACAACGUUGUAUUGGGUCAAUCGACAACCUUGGCUUCUGAUUCACCAAUGGUUCCGAGUCCGCAAGUAAAGCGUAGCUGGUUUAAUAUUGGUCGUGGGAAGAAGAAGGACAUACAUGCUACAGAUGAAGAUGACGACGAAGUAAUGAAACCAAGACCAGCUCUUCCAUCUUUUGGAAGUGUGCGGGAAAGAAAAACUCAUCGAGAGACAGAGGAACGAGUUCUAGUCAGACCACCAGAGCAGGUAACUACCAUUGCUCCUGUCACUUCGCCUACUUCACCAUUGUUCACUUCUCAUACGGGAGGUGUAUUGGAAUCCCCCAUGGGACAGUCAAAUGAUCAUGUCGCAGGUUCACUACUCGCCCAUGAUGCCACUUCGAAAAAUGCAGCAAACAUUUCGAAAUCUCGCGAGCCUCUGCCUCCUGAUGUAACAUCUUUGGAAGGGACUGGGGAAAUUUCAGACGCUAGCAGUACGUAUAGCUUAGAUAAUAAUGCUAUCGGUAUUGCUAGAAGUAAUAGUGUAAGAGUUGGACCAGAAGAUGGACAUGCUGAUACAUAUCGAGAAUUGGCAAGCCCAACGAAAGAUCAAUUUGAGGAUCAGGAAUUGAAUGAAGAUAUUCCGGAAAUUGCUGUUCAAAUGCCUACUCCAACUCCAGAAGGCACACAAUCAAGAGAAUGGUUGGACAUGCCUGGUGGGUAUAGGGGUUCAGGAAGCUCCACUUCGAGUUAUGUGGAUCGAUCCAAGGAUGAGGUCCAUGCUGCUACUGAGAAUGGUAUUAUUAGCACAGCUAUUUCGCCUACUUCCGAAGAAGCAAAUUCAACAAAUGGUACCUCGAACUUAUCGGAAUUUGGGGAUAGUGCCAGAACAAGUUCGGAAGCUCAUCCUGCACCAAUUUUUGAAGAGUCGGAGGAAUCUGAAAAUGACAGUAUAUAUAGUGAUGCAGCUGAAGAGUUUGAGGCACCAGAUGAUGGUGGUUUCAUGUCUUUGGAUGCUGUGGUAGAAAGUCCUGUAUCUGCAUCUGCUAUACUAGCAUCUGAGCCAGACAGCCCAAGAACUAAAUUGGCGAAAGAAAGAGCAUAUAUGUCAAGUCAAUUGCAAAGAAAGUCGAGUGAACCAGAUCCAGAAGAAGGGUGGGAGAAAGCUCAGCAAUAUUGGAAGAAUUUGUCAGUGGACAGGAAGAAACAAUUGGAGCUAGAUGCAUUUAAGGUGACAGAUGAAGAAGAGAAAGAAGAAGUUACGCCAGCCCCAAAGCCAAAGAAAACGAAAAAGAAAUCGGUAACCAUACAAUCGCCUACCUCUCCUAUUAUGCAAACAAUGCAACAAUCGCCAUUUCCACAAGUUCAAAAGCAAUCAAAUACGGAGAGAAGCUACAUGAUUCAACCAGGAUCAAAGGUAGGCUCCAAUGGUCACAGCCAGACAACUAUGCGAUCAUCUAUGAGAGCGGAACCUCCUCAUGCGGAAUCAGAUGUUCAUAUCAGGCAAUCUAUGAGAGGACCUGGUUCGACAAAGGGAGCGACCCAGAAUGGAACAGCUCAGCCUAAUGGAAUACUACAAAAGAAACAAAGGCCUGUUUCUCUUCCUCCCGCUAAGACUCAAGCAAAUACUCAAGCUGUAAAUCAGCAUCUUCGGCUUAUCCAGGGGGCCGCUGCCACUGCUACUUCGCCUAAUUCUCAAAGAAAUAGUGCAGUAGUAGCACCAACUCCUCUACGACGUAAAUCAUCUGGAGAUAGCGAUACUAGUUUCAAACGUGCUAGACCUGCAACAGAUGGAAUAAGUAUGAGACGUUCUAUGCGUCGCGAAAGUGAUGUAUCAUCAAAUGGCCGUCAACAAUCUCCUCUGAACUCAAGUCGAUUUAGUCUUCGAUCAUCAUCACCUGGUGGACCUCCUGCAGUUACCAUGCGAGGAACAAUGCGAAGUUCUCUAAGAGGAUCUAAUGAUUCUACUGCUCGAGCAAAAUCUCCAAUCAGAAUACCUGGAUUCGGUAGAAGUUCAUCAGCUAGACCAGCUCCAAAACAAAAGUCAACUCAACGAUCAAGUCGAUUUGCUGAUUCAAGUGAUGAAGAUGAACCUCGUGCUGGAUUUAGAAGUCGUUUUGUGGAUUCAAGUGAUGAUGAUGAACCUACACCUAUAGCUCCUAUAGUCGCACGACCAAUAUCAUCACGUGGUACACCAGUUCGAAGUAUACCAAAACCUAUAGGGUAUCAAGAUGGAGAUUCUUCUGAUCUUCCAGAUAGUGAUGAUGAGAGUCGACCUGCCACAGCUAAGAGUGUAAAUAAACCCAAAGCAAAUGGCAAUAGACCAUCAUCUCGAAAUAUGACAGCAGCAUCUGGAGAUUUACAGAGAUCAGGUUCAGGUCGUGGCACGAUCAAGGUCGGCAAUGGACAAAUCACACCGAUUACUCCUCCUAGACCACAGAAUGCUCGACGUGGAAGUAUUUUAUCUAUUUUUAGGAAAAAACAAGAUCCAAAUAGUAAAGUCAGGAAGUACAAUGGAGAAAGUCCGGCUAGGAGAGACACACAUUUGGAGAGAAGUAAGGAGGAUCUGGAAGCUAUUAAGAGACCGGAGACUCUUGGUAAACCUGAUUCUCCUAGAGUUUUGAAAAAGAAUCCGAGACAAAAUAGUGGAUCUUGGCCUUUGGCUGAUGAUACGGGCAUCAAAGUACCUUUUGAAGAGGGAAGGCCUUUCUCUGCGGAUACGGGAGCAGGAAUUGUGGGAGGUGAAAAUAAAGAAAUUGUUGCGGAAUUGAAUGGAAGACCAGAAGUUGGGAACCGAAGAUUUACGGCUACGGGGUUGAGUGAUGUGGAUGUUAUGGGGCAAGGGGGAAGUCCGAGAAAAAAGAAGAAGUUUCAAGUUUUGAGGAAGAUGUUUAGGUUGGAGGAUUAG